AGGAAACGGAAAGAAAAUUUGAGAGGAAAAGAAACGAAAAUAAAUUGAAAAAAUCUCCCUCUUCAAGGCACACCUUCUCACAGACCAACCACUCGCUCUUCUCCAGUUCAUCCCGGAUGCUUACAUUGACAUGCUCUCCGCCACUCAUUGCCAAAAGAUUGGAAUUGAUUAAAAUGUCCAGGAGUACAAGAAGCAUCGUGGUAUGUGCCGCAAAAGGCCCAAGACCAAGAUAUCCUCGAGUGUGGAAAACAAGAAAGAGAAUUGGGACCGUUUCCAAGUCAGCGAAUCUUGUUGAUUGUAUUAUGAAAUUGUCAAAUGUUAAAGAGGAAGUUUACGGGGCUCUUGAUUCAUUCAUUGCCUGGGAGUUAGAGUUUCCUUUAGUUACAGUGAAGAAGGCACUGAAGACUCUUGAGAAUCAGAGAGAAUGGAAGAGAAUAAUUCAGGUGACAAAGUGGAUGUUAAGCAAAGGUCAAGGAAGAACAAUGGGGAGCUAUUUCACAUUACUAAAUGCCUUAGCAGAAGAUGGUAGACUUGAUGAAGCUGAGGAGCUUUGGACAAAAUUAUUUAUGGACAACUUGGAAAGCACACCUCGUAUUUUCUUUGAUAAAAUGAUUUCUAUUUACCAUAAAAGGGGCAUGCAUGAGAAGAUGUUUGAGAUAUUUGCUGACAUGGAAGAGCUUGGUGUCCGACCAAAUGUUUCAAUUGUUUCAAUGAUUGGAAAUGUCUUCAAAGAGCUGGGUAUGAUGGACAAAUACAACAAAUUGAAGAAGAAAUAUCCACCACCAAAAUGGGAAUAUCGUUACAUCAAAGGAAAACGUGUUAAAAUUCGAGCAAAGCAUCUAGAAGAAUCUGAUAUUCCUAAUAAAGAUGCAAGCAAGCAUGGGGAGACUAACCAGACCUCAAAUGAUAUGUAUGAGGAAGCUGAAACAAGUUCAGAUGAACUCGACAUUGAAGCUAAUUAUUCUAGCAAAGAUGUAAUCAAGCAUGAGGAAACGGACCACAAUUCAAAUGAAUUUUAUGAAGAAGCUGAAACAAGUUCUGAUGAACUCGAGAUCGAAGCUAAUUAUUCUAGCAAAGAUGUAAGCAAGCAUGAGGAAACUGGUCAGACUUCAAAUGAAUUCUACGAGGAAGCUGAAACAAGUACAGAUGAAAUAAAAAUUGAAGCUAACACUUCUUCUUGACAGUCAGAGGUGUAACAUGUCAUAUCUAUCCAUAUGUUCAUUUCUUACAAGUUGUCUGGGAUUCCAGGUUGGUGAGAACUUUCUGGUGUGCCCAUUUCGUUCUUUCGAGUAUCCGAACUAAAGGUUGCUUGAAAAGCUCAUUGUGAUCUCAGUCGGGGUGUGUUCCAAGAUGGUGUAGGCACUCAUUGAACUUAUGCUGCCUGGCCUUCCUGGGUGGUUGCAAUCGUGAUUCAAGAAGCCAAAAGCAUGCUGUCUUUGUUGUCUCCCUCCUGGAGUGUAUCUGGAGGCGAUUAAACUCAAAUAGCCACUGCAAAACAAAUUUUUGUGCCCUUUUUCGAAGAAGCGAUAUAGGAUGUACUGCAUUAGGAACUAGUCAUUUUUUUUUAGACUUUCUUCCCUGUUUUUCCUUUCUCAUAUUAUAUGGGUGUAAAUUAGAAAAUUACGUCCGAAAUCAACUUCAAGAAAGAAUGGCUUCUUGAAAUGACAUGA